AUGGAGAAGAAGGACGAAAAGUAUGACAUUCAAAAGUUUCGUGCAGUGAUAGAAUAUCGCAAGGAAAAUCUUCAGCCUUCUUUUGAUCGCCUCUCUCGAAAGAUUCAAUGGCACGGCGGCGAAAGAGUUCUGGACAUCGGCUGUGGUCCUGGAGACAUCACGAGAUCGUGCAUUCUUCCUUUGCUUCCACAGAACUUUGAGAAGCUCGUGUGCGCGGACAUUUCACCAGAAAUGCUCGAAAUUUGCAAGUCUGAAUUCACUGGGGUUGAGAAUGUGGAAUUCCUGCAAAUGGACAUUCGCAAGUCCCCCGAAGAAUCCCUGAAAGGAAGUUUCAAUAGGGUCUUCUCAACACAUUGCUUCAUGUAUGUUUCCGAUCAAAAGAUGGCUUUGAAGAACGUCUUCGAUCUCCUGAAGCCCGGAGGAGAUUGUUGGAUAAACCAAUUUGCUGUUCCUUCAAUUUUGCAACCUCUGUUUAUAUUGGCUGAAUCUCCUAAAUGGAAGGAAAAAUUACACGGAUUUCGUAAUGUGCAUAUUUAUCCUUACAAUGAAGAUCCGAAUCCAAUUGCAACUGGCACUAAAUAUAUGAAAUCUGUUGGUUUUACCGACAUUUCGGUCACUAUCGAGGAAUCCUACCUCCAAAUGGAAUCAGAGAUAUUGUGCAAAUGCCUUCCAAAUCCAUCAAAGGACUUCAAAGAAGAAGACAAAGAGGAACUGAUGAGGGAUCAAAUAGAAGUUGCACGAUCAUUGAAUUUCUUCAAGGAGGAUUUCGCAACAAAACUCAAAAGGGAACCGCAUAAAUUUCUUGUGUUUUAUGGAAGAAAACCUCAAUAA